AUGGAAAGAAGUGGUCAUGAAAAAGAAAUGUGCUUGCUCGCAUCAGGUACUGGUGAAUCAGGGAAGUCAACAUUUAUUAAACAGAUGCGGAUUAUUCAUGGAAAUGGUUAUUCCGAUGAGGACAAACGUGCUCAUAUCCGCCUUGUGUACCAGAAUAUUUUCAUGGCAAUUCAAGCUAUGAUUCGUGCCAUGGAUACGCUCAAUAUUCCCUAUGGCAAUCAAUCUUCCGAUUUGCAAGACAAAGCGAACGUGGUACGGGCAAUAGAUUAUGAGAAUGUGACUUCAUUCACAGAACCAUAUGUUAGUUAUAUAGAAGAUUUAUGGAGUGAUUCCGGCAUACAGGAAUGUUAUGAUCGGCGAAGGGAGUAUCAGUUAACCGAUUCUGCUAAAUACUAUCUGUCUGAUCUGAGGAGACUAGCAGCAUCCGAUUACCUGCCAACAGAGCAGGAUAUUCUUCGUGUUCGUGUUCCUACUACCGGUAUUAUCGAGUAUCCCUUUGAUUUGGAACAAAUAAUAUUCAGAAUGGUGGACGUAGGAGGUCAAAGGUCGGAACGGCGAAAAUGGAUACACUGUUUUGAAAAUGUAACAUCAAUCAUGUUUUUAGUAGCCCUUUCUGAAUACGAUCAGGUGCUUGUCGAAUGUGAUAAUGAAAAUCGUAUGGAAGAAUCGAAAGCGCUGUUCCGCACGAUUAUCACAUAUCCAUGGUUUACAAAUUCAUCGGUAAUUUUAUUUCUCAAUAAGAGAGAUCUCUUGGAAGAGAAAAUACUUUAUUCGCAUCUCGUCGAUUAUUUUCCGGAAUAUGACGGCCCUUCAAGGGAUCCUAUCGCAGCGAGAGAAUUUAUUUUGAAAAUGUUCGUUGAUUUGAAUCCGGAUGCUGAUAAAAUCAUUUAUUCACAUUUCACUUGUGCUACGGAUACGGAGAAUAUACGCUUCGUAUUCGCGGCAGUGAAGGAUACAAUAUUACAGCACAAUUUGAAAGAGUACAAUUUAGUAUAA